UGACAGUCAUAUGACACAAAAAAUAAACAUGGCUUCUCAUACCAUAAACACAAUUUUAAAUUCAAUCCUUAUUUUAAAUAUACUGUUUAUCACACAUUUGCCUAAGGUAAUUUGAGAUAUAGGUGCAAAAAAAAAUUAUAUAAAAUUGUUUUUAAAUAAAAUAUAUAUCGUAUGAACAAAAGUUUGACAUUAACCUACAAUUAGGCUACAAUAUUUGUCAUUAAUUACACUAAUUUAAUAUUUAUUUUAUUUUUUUACAGUUACGGUACAGUUUGAGUUUUCAAGUUGUGUCAUUUUAAUAAUAAUUAAUAAUGAUAUCACAUUUUUAUCAGCAUGGUAUAUCCAGGCCUUGUGGAUUUCAUCCUGCGAAGUCUUCACCAUCGUUACAUUGUGACGGACGGAUGCUAGCAAAAAAUAACUAAUAGUAUAGACUAUGACUAUACUAUUAAGUAUAGGCAUUAUAGAAUAGUCAUAGUGUGUGUUUCACUGUGCUCUUUACUCUUUAUGCAUUUUAUGUUGCAGGAGUUGUUAGAAUUUUUAUUGGCAUAUUGGGCCUAUCGUUUAGAAAUAAAAAAAGCUUUCAAGAAUCUACUUAUACUGUCUCCCACAAUUUCUUGCUGACUGCAUUGCACUAAGAGUAGAAUGAGGCCAUCCAUAAAUGAAAUCAUGCAUCUAAUGGCGGGUGUGGGGGAUUAGGGUGGUGGGGGUGUCUUCGUCGCAUAUUUGUGAUGAUGAGUGGGAGGGAGGUGGGGGUUCCUACAUUGUUGAUCUGCUCAUGCCAUGCUCUUAACAUAAAUUACUGCUACCUGUCAAGCAUCCUUCUCUUUUAGUCACACAACCUUCUUUUUUUGAAUGACCACCACUUUUCCUAUACUCUCAUGCGAUUUCCCAAAACUACUGAAUCACUGAAUGUAGUUUUCUAAAUCUAACAUGUUUAUUUUUUUUACAUCAUAGCAGCGUUUCCCAAACUUUUUUUACGUGACCCAUUAACCAUUUUAAUUAACCGACCCAGUAAUUUUGCUUCCGUGGCGUGGCCCAGUACCGGGUAGCGAUCUGGAAUUUGGGAAAUGCUGGACUAAAGUAUAGUGUAGUAUGGUAACGUAUUGCAAAAGGGAGAGAAUCCUACACAGAAAUUCAAUUGUGUAAAUUGACAGGGUAUUAUUAAUAAAGUUUAUGAUUUUAAUUUUUCUGUCUAAUACUGAUAACUAAAAUAACUUCCCACUUUACUCAUAGUAUCAUAUAUUAGCUGGAGCACCUAGUCUUUUAGUAAAUCUAGCUAACUCCAACACUCUGACUUCAAACCCAUAGCCAACUAAUAAAUCUAGCUGUCUGUGCCAAUGAAUUUUAAAACCUAGCCAAUUAAUAGUAACAUAACAAGAUGUCUCUCCCCAUCAGACAGGAGCACAUUUACUAGUAAAGCUAUAAACUUAAUAAACUUACCUUUAUCUUACAAAAUCUUGAGAAGAUGAUUUGGAUCUUGUUUUAAUUUUUGACAUUAUUAGAUUUAUGCUUACACUCACAGAAUGUGAGAACAUAUAUUUUUAAUAGGAGGAGUGAAGGAUUUUGUAGAGUAGUUUAAAUUCCUGAGGGUUCAAGCUGGUCAAACCCAUGCCUAAAAGGCCUUGUACAUAUACAAUUCUUAAACAUCUAUUUAUGCACUGUGAAGAUUUGUUGAUGAAGGGGUUUUAAAAUACUAUUGAUAGAGAUUCAAUUUAGCUUGAUUUGAUUUGACACUAUCAAAUUAAUAUUCCAUUUAGAUUUAAAUGAACUAUGGAUAAAAUAAAAAGAAAGCAUUUUCCCAUGAAUAGUCUAAUACUAAUAGAGAUAGCUAGGUAGAGAUGAGGAUAUUUUUAAAAAGUCCUAGUGAAACCAUUACUUUUUAAUGUCCUUAAAAGGGCUUUUGAAAGGUAAGGUAGUUCUAUGGAAUGAUAAUUUUUAUUUCAUCCAAUUGGUAUUUAUCUCAUUUAGCUUCAAUAAAAGUAAAUGCUUUAUUAAAUUUUUUAUUAUAGGUCCAAACUGCUAAAACAUUUGGUAUUGAUUUCAAGAACAACACAUUUCUUAAGGAUGGUGCACCUUUUCGAUACAUCUCUGGGAGUAUGCAUUAUUCUCGUGUUCAUCCAGAUUACUGGGAAGAUAGACUGUUGAAAAUGAAAGUGGCUGGAUUAAAUGCACUACAAACGUAAAUAAUAGUAAUUUUGUAAACUAAAAUUUAAUUAAUCCUAUACAUUAUAUUAUGUACAGUUUUGUAAUAUCAAUUAUAACCUACCGGUAUACUAAAGAAUAUAUAUAUUUCUUUUCCUUUAUAAAGAUAUGUUCCUUGGAAUGUACAUGAAUUAGAGCCUGGAUUAUAUAACUGGGAAGGAAGUUCUAACCUGGAAAGAUUUCUCACUCUUGCUCAGAAAUCAGACCUGCUUGUUCUUCUCAGACUAGGACCAUACAUUUGUGGAGAAUGGGAGUUUGUAGGUUUUCAAUGUCAAAUUCCAAUUUUAUAACAAAUAUUGCACUUCAUGAAUUUUUUUAAUAAAAUUGGAUUUUAAUUAAUAUUAAUAUAUUCAAUUUUAAUGUUCAUUUUUCACUCUCCUCAGGGUGGGUUUCCAGCAUGGAUACUUAAAGAAGAACCAAAAAUAGUUUUGCGCACAAGUGAUAAUGGUAUUGUGAUUUAAAUAAUUUUGGUAAAUUUUGAUGAUUAUUUGAACGUGUUUUUUUUUUAUUAAUAAUUAGAGACCGACUGAAUUUUGGCUUCGGUUUCAGCUCCGAAAGUGGCCAUUUUAUUACUUUCUGCCAAGUUUCGGUUUCGGCCGAAACUGAAAGUUAACUUUUGGCCGAAACUGAAAGUUAACUUUCGGUUUAAUUUUGGUUUCGGCAGAAAGAGAAAAGUUAACUUUCUUUUUUUUUUUCGGUUUCGGACAAAAUUUACUGAGGUUCUCGGUCAUCUGAUACUCAGCGAAAGCGAUAUUUAACAACAAACUAAGUGACAUUUAAUAACAAACUAAAUGAUCUUUAAGAACAAAUUAAGGGAUCUUUAAGAACAAACUAAACGAUCUUUAAAAACAAAUAAAGUGAUCUUUAAAAACAAAUUAAGCGAUCUUUGAGAACAAACUAAACGAUAUUUAACAACAAACUAAGCGUCAUUUAAGAACAAACUAAACAAUCUUUAAAACAAACUAAGCGAUCUUUAAGAACACUCUAAGUGAUCUUAUAUAAAAAACUAAACGAUCUUAAAGAACAAAUUAAGCGAUUUUUAAGAACGAACUAAACAAUCUUAAAGAACAAACUAAAAGAUUUUUAAGAACGAACUAAAUGAUCUUUAAGAACAAAACAAAUGAUCUUAAAUAGUAAACUAAAUGAUUAUAAGAAGAAACUAAGCGAUCUUUAACAGAAAACUAAAUGUUCUUUAGGAACAAACUAAAAGAUCUUUAAGAACAAACUAAUCGAUCUUAAGGAACAAAAUCAAUUGUCUAUAAGAACAAACUAAGCGAUCAUUAUGAAAAAACUAAGUGAUCUUCAACAACAAAAUAAGCGAUCUUUAAGAACAAACUAAACAAUUUUUAACAACAAACUAAAAGAUCUAUAAAAACAAACUGAAUGAUCUUUAAUAACAACUAAGCGAUAUUUAAGAAAAAAAUCAAUGAUCUUUAAGAACAAAGCAAGCAAUCUUUAUGAACAAACUAAACAAUUUUUUAAUAACACAAACUAAGCGAUCUUUAAGAAAAAAUUUAGCGAUCUGUUUUGAACAAACUAAAUGAUCUUUAAUAACAAACUAAAAGAUCUUUAAACAAAAACUAAGCGAUCUUUAAGAACAAACUAAGCGAUCUUAAAAAACAAAAUAAAAGAUUUUUAACAACAAACUAAGCGAUCUUUAUGAACAAACUAACCGAUCUUUAAGAACAAAUAAAGCGAUCAUUUACAAAAAAACUGAACAAUCUUUAACAACAAACUAAGCAAUCUUUAAGAACAAACUAAACGAUCUUAUAUUAGAUGUUAUUUAUUAAUAUUCACGAUUAUCUCCUUUUUUAUAAAAAUAAUGUAAAUAUUUAUACUUUCCCCCAUCAUUUUCGAUGUAUGCAGAAUGUAUGCAGGAACGACUUUCAAAAUAUCUAAAUAAUUCAUUUUUGGCUUCGGUUUUGGCCGAAAGUCAUUUUUAAACUUUCGGCCUAUUUUCAGUUUCAGCCGAAAGUCAUUUUAAAAUUUCGGCCUAUUUUCGGUUUCGGCCGAAAUCAGAAAAUCACUUUCGGUCGGUCUCUAUUAAUAAUAAUUAAAUUAGUUUUAUUAUUCCAAUUUUAGCAAACCUUAACACAUUCAUGUAGUAAUGUGUUGUUGUUUUUUUGUUGCAUUUCCAUGCUUAAAGAUAUGAUAUUUACUUAUUUUUAAAAUUCCUUUAAAGCAUAUCUCAGAUGGGUGGACAAAUGGUUUACCGUAUUGUUAAGCAAGGUGAAGCCAUUCUUAUAUGAAAAUGGAGGUCCAGUUAUCAUGGUUCAGGUAUGUAAACUGAUGUUUGACACUCAGAAAUAUUAAUUCAAUUCAAGUCCCUGUGAUAUUUUCAGGUCUGCAUAGCGACAUUUGUUUACAAGAAGAACAGGGCUGGUCACUGGUAUAGAUAUGUUUAAUAGAACCAGCCAAUUAUAAGAGCAUAUAACACCUGUUGAUUCCUGAUACCGUUGAUACAUUCUAUCUGUAUUAAUGUUCACUAAAGUAUUUUUUAAAAACAACUCUCAUCAGUCUCACUUCAUUUUCUAUUGCUCUUAUACUCCUUGCUCAGCCAAUAUGGCUUCUCCAUACUCAAUUCCUCACGGAAAAUACUCACCAUGGAAUUUCUUCCUUAAAGCGUUCUGAAUACAGAUUUAGGUUCUUUCACGUCCUUGACUAUUAAAUGAAAAUGGAGGUCCAAUGAUGAUUCUUCAACUUUUGAUAUGUGAACUAAUGUUGAUCAUAGCAUAAAUCGUUUCCAUAUUAUAGCUCAAGUUCCAGUAUGUUCAUCCAGCAUGAUUAAGUGAAAAGAAAUAUUCUUUUACUAGAAAUCAAACUGUGUAACAUAGUCAGACAAAAUGUGAUAUUACACAUGUGAUCAGUAAGAAUUUGGUACCAGUAUCAAAUGAGUGAUCAAACAGUAUGAGGUGUUGUCCCAGUGAUCAGACAGAAUGUGAUAUAUACCAAUUGAUCAGUCAAAAUGUGAUAUGGUGAGGACUGCAUUCAGGUUAAAACAAUAAAAAAGGAUGUAGUGUUAAUCUUGUGAAUAUGGUUCGUAGGCAAUGUUCCUUGCUGCGCAGCCAUCUCACAGAUGCAGCGCAGCAGUUUUGAGUAUCCGCGCAGCAAACUUCCAUUUAAGUGUAUGUUAGUGUUUUUGGGCAGUAAAAUUUUGCACAUAAAAAAAUUGAUGCUGUAAAACUUUGCACACAACGGUAUGAUUUUGCACACGAACCAACAAACCUUAGAGGGAACAUUGUUCGUAGGUUCAUUUUGUUAAGCAAAUUUGUAAUUGUAAAAUGUAAUUAAAUCUUAGCAAAGUAUUUGCCAGCUAUUUGCAUUCUUCUUGGGUAUUGUUACUUUUCUUCUGAUGUUCUACAUUACCUGUACUCAUAUUUCAGAUUGAAAAUGAGUAUGGAAGCUAUUUUGCGUGUGACGGAAUAUAUAUGGAGUACCUUGUAAAUAAAGUAAAAUCGGAGCUUGGUGAAAAUGUGACUUUGUAUACAACAGAUGGUUGUGGUUUCCAGUACUUGAAAUGUGGGCAGGUAGAUGGUGCAUAUGCCACAGUUGACUUUGGGCCUGAAGGUUAGUACUGUCUUACAAUAUUUUUUUAAAUAACUGAAUAGUAGAAUUUUAUUAUUCCGGUACCUUAUCUAAUCUGACAUUUUUGUAAAGGUAUGCACAUUUUAAAUUUUCUGUCUGUGCUACAAAAUCUAUUUCAAUUUUAAGUGAAGGACUUUUUUUUUUCUAAUUGCUAAGCUGAAUUCUUUGUUAUAGCAUUACAUGUAACCUGUACUGGUACUUCAAAAGCUUCAGCUAAAAUUUACAUUAAAUAAUUUUCACUUGCGACAUUUUACAUUCAUGGGAAGCUCAAACGUUUGGUACCAGGUACCUUGUACAACUUAAUAAACCGCAAAAUAUUAAUUUACCACCAUGUGAAAAAAAAAUAAUUUGGACUGAAUAUUUGUAUUUGUAUGGUACGUUUCAUUUAAUUAGUAUAGUAUAGGCCUACAUAUCAGUGUACCACUUGAAAAUCAAAAUCAUGCACAUGUACUCCAGUUUGAAAAUCACUGGAUUAGAGACUUUCAAAAAAUUAUAUUUUAGAAGAAAACAACUUAUUUAUUGAUAUUUGUUAUUGCAUCAUUUCAGAUGACCCAGAUGAGUGUUUCAGCUUACAAAAGUUUUAUGAACAAUUUGGACCAAUGGUAGGUUUAGAAAUUAUUGUCAUCCUCAAAUACCUAAAAUUCAUAUUAAAAGUUCAGUGUACAAAAUUAAAAUAAUAAAAAACAUGCAAUAAAUUAUCCAUUUAUAAAUUAAGCAUUUAUAAAUUAAAUUGUCACUAUACAAUAUAGUCACAUAUAUUGUCACUUCCAUUAUAAAUAAUUAAGCUGUCAAUUCGCCUCUGAUAUGAAAAAUUAAGCUGGCACUAUGCCCCUCCACUUUAUAACACUUACAUUAAAGGUUAGUAAAGCUGGGGCACUAUGCCCCUCCACUUACAAAUUAAACAAUUUACCAUUUUAGCUUUAUAAAGCUUCAUUUUUGGUCUCUAAUUUUAGGACAUUUAAAACUUUAUUUUGUAAAAAAAAAAUGUGUACAGAGAUAGAAAUGUUUACCUGAUCUCAAUAACCAAUAAAAAAGAAAUGUUUACCUGAUUUCAAUAACCAAUAAAAAUUGCUAGCAAAUGUAUUCUCUAAGUUACUGGUAAGUUUAAGGAAAGAUAAGAGACUUAAGAAAUUUUAAAGAAAUGAGAAUUUACUCUUUAGAUUCUUAAUUUGAUAACUUGUCAGGUGAAUUCAGAGUACUACACUGGAUGGCUUGACCAUUGGGGAUUUCCUCAUUUUAAAGGUGAUACUAACAACAUUAGCAAGAACUUGGAUAAGAUGUUAUCUAUGGGUGCCAACCUUAAUAUGUAAGUGAUGUACUGGUACCAGUAUUGUAGUGAUCUGAUAUAUUGGACCUAAAUAAUAUAUAGAUAGGUGAUAAUGAUUAACAUAUAGAUUAUCCAGAUCAGAUCAGCUGUAAUUUUCUUAAUCUCUUUUGGUAUUUUAUCUUUUUCAUUCUUGAAAAGUUUUUAAUAUUUUUGCAUUGUUGAUUCUAGUAAAGAGAAUUUGCGAUUUAUUGUAAUAUUUUUAUUAGCUAAUUUUUAGACGGUAACUCAACACUAAUAAAUUAGAUCUAAAAUAAAUUCAACUGAAAGUAAUUAACCUAAGUUUAAAUAUCAUUAGAAAGCUAUAUGAUAGUGAUAGGAAAGAGCUGAAAAAAUUAUUCAAAAUUAGUUGUACCGGUAUGACACAUAUUUUUUUCAUUUACCCGGUACCAGUAUUUAAAAUCUUUUUUGAACUUUAGAAAAUAAAAUCUCUGGAAGUUUGCAAGAGUAAUUUUUUGGGGGCUUACUUUUGGUAACGUAGCACGUGCUUUUCAGGUAAUAGGACUUGACUAAUUUAGCAAAGUACUGUAAAUAGGUUACGGUAAUAUUAAAAUGUUGAAGUUUGAAGUACCGGUAAAUAUAUUUAUAAAACUAAUGAAUAAAAAUAUAAAGUUUUAACAUACUGAUACCGGUAUCCGAAUUAUGACUGAAAUAACUGAAAUAUUAAGUUCUAUUCCAUACAAACUACAUAAGUAUGGAUGCAUCUUUCACUCUUUUAGGUACAUGUUUAUUGGAGGCACUAACUUUGGUUUUAUGAAUGGUGAGUAUAUUUAUGAAAAUUUGUCUUUUUUUGGUCACUUGUCUAAACAUGUGUUUUUUUAACCUUUUUGGACGCACAGACCACUUGUAAACAAAUGCUACUGAAGUUGACUCAAUUUUAAUUGAAUCAAUACAAAGAUCAUAAAGAUAAAUACAACUAACCAAUAAUGUAUCGUCUUCUUAUGCCUUUUUACCCCAUCUGGGGCAUAGGCCAUCCAUAAGAAUUUUCCACUCAUUACAUUCCUGUGCUUUCCUUUCCAGUUGCUUCCAGAUGUAUCCCAUAUUUUGCGUGUCUUCCUCUAGCUGGCAUCUCCGUGUAUUCUUAGGCCUUUUUGUUUUUCCCUGUGGAUUCCAUGUUAGGCAUUGUCUGGUGAUACUAUCUGGGGGUUUUCGGAGAGUAUGUCCUAUCCACCUCCAUCUUUUCUUUAUGAUGUCUUCAUCAAUGGGCACCUGGUAUGUCCUGUUGGUGAUGGUAUUUGGCCAUUUGAUGUUCAGAAUCUUUCUAAGGCAUGUGUUUAUGAAGGGCUGUACUUUCUGUGUAAUGCUCGCUGUUGUUUUCCAAGAUUCUGCUCCAUAUAGUUAUAGAGGAACUGUUUUGACAUUUGAGUUAACUAUCUCCUUGGAAGAGGUGUAGGCCUUCUUUAGGGAUACCUUUGGCAUAAAUUGUAAUGACUAUUACACAUGUUGGUAUCUACUUAAUAAUUAACUUUAACCAAGUUGCCAUGUUUUAAAAUGACUUCUAAAUGAAUAACAAAAAUGAAGUCAGCAAUCAUUUUCAUUAUGUCCUCCUUGAAUCUCAACAAUUAUAAUUCUAAUCUAAUAUUUUUAAUUUAAACCAUUCUAAAAGCUUUUGUAAAUAUUAUGAUGGGAUAAUUUUAUACAUCCUGUACUUUGUUGGCAUCACGCCGUCACAAUGUGACGAUGGUGUGGGCUUCGGAUGUCAAAAUCCACAAGGCCUGGGAUUAAUCUUCAAGGAUUGGUACCCAACAGCAAUUUGCCACUGGAUAACCCAAGGGAACAUCAUUUGGAUGAUACAGCUUGGCAUGCAGUGGCCACGCAGGUGUUACCGGAAUGUUUGGAAUGUUUCAUUGUACCAAUCCGCCUUUCGGGUACCGGUACUCCAUCUCCUGAGUUGCCAUCCAAGGUUAACGAGUCCCAUCUACCCGGGGUGCUGGUGAUGUUUUUGCAUGACUGGGCUUUGGCUGGAAUUGGACUCCAGACCACCAACUUGAGAUUUGCCACCCAGCAUCCAUCCUGUAGUUGAUCCUGUGAAUUUAUAAUCAUGUCUGGACUGCUUGGUGGCCACAUGAUAAAAGUAGUGAGGUUCCCCAAAUCCAGAAAAUAAAUAGUGUUUCUUGUUGGGCUAAACAAAAUCUUCAUGCUCAUCAGUUUCUCAAUGCUUUCUUUAUUUCAGGUGCUAACAGUCCUCCAUUUCAGCCAGUUCCUACCAGCUAUGAUUAUGAUGCACCAUUAAAUGAAGCUGGAGAUAUUACACCCAAUUACUAUGCAAUAAGAGAUAUUAUAUCUAAGGUACCCGGCACACUAUUGAGCACUUCAUUCAAUACCGCAUUUUACAAAAAUUAUAUUCUCCGUUUCUUUGUCUUGUAUCCAAUUAAGUAAAUUUUAUAUACUGGUACUCAGUAAUAAUCUACAUGUUGAGACAAAGAUAAAAUUACAUCAAUUAGUAUCAAUUUUAAGUGUUUCAACCACGUCCUCAUUUCUGUUUGAAAUACCAGUUUGCUUACAUUUACAUGUUUUUUAUCUUCUUACUAAACAUACCUGUUUAUUGUAAUAAGAAUAAGAAGAAAUUGGUUUGGAUUUCGAGUCAAAAAAAUAAACUUCAUAGAAUUUUAAUAAAAGAUAUAAACUUCUGAUUAAUUAAUAAAUGAUAAAUAGGCCCAUGUAUGAUCAUCUUAAAGAUUUUGUGUACCGCUUCUGUACCGGUAAUAUUUACAUCAGAAAUAGUAAUCUCUUCCCAAAAACCAGAAGAAAAAAACUCUCAAAAUCUUCCUAACAAAUGAAAGUUUAGCAACGUUUCCAAAAUAAAGUGAAUGUUUAUGUUAUAGUUAUAUAAUAAUAAUAAUAAGUGGUCUUAUAUAGCGCGGUACCCCGGCCUAGGGCUGGGCUCACCGCGCUGUACAUAAAUAUAGCAAAGAGGCAUAAUCAUAAUAUUAAAAUAAAAUACAUAAAUGAAAUAAAAACAACAUAUAAGCAAAACAACACCAGAGGUAUAUUCAUCCACCCAUACCUGACAUUUUUACAAGGAAACCCAUGUACGUUUAUCGGUUUAUAGGAGGAGAAUCAGUCAGAGUAGUAUAGUUUAAAUAGAUGUGUUUUGAGUGCAGUUUUGAAGGCCUGUGUGGUUGUUAUAUUGCGGAUGUGUAGUGGCAAAGAAUUCCAUUGUUUGGGGGCGCAGAAAGAGAAAGAUCGUUCACCAUAUAAUUUAGUGCGUGUCUUGGGAACGGACAGAAUACGCGAGUCUGCGGAGGAGCGAAGUUGUCGAAGGGGUGAAUAGACAGAAAGAAGUUCAGUUAGAUAGGAAGGGCAGGAAUCCGAGAAAAAGUUGUGACAGAGAAGAGACAGCUUGUAGUCAAUGCGUGCCUGUAUAGGGAGCCAAUGUAGUGAGUGGAGUAGUGGAGUGACGUGAUCACGUUUUUUUGCCUUAAGAACAAGCCUAGCAGCAGAGUUUUGAACUUUCUGCAGUUUUUCUAUAAAAUGUUUCGGUGAACCUGACAGAAGUGAGUUGCAAUAGUCAAGACGAGAGAGAACAAGAGCACAGACUAGAGUUUUUGUUGCGCUAACUGUGAGGUAGUGGCGGAUGGAGCUGAUCUGACGGAUGGCGGUGUAUGCCGAACGACAAAUGUGAGAGAUAUGUUUAUCGAGAGACAUGUUGUUAGAAAGAAUAUAACCAAGAUCAGUAUAUCAGUGCAAUAACCCACAGAAAGUAUUGCUGUUAAUAAAUAUUCAUUACCCGUUGACAGCAGAACAUUCAUUUAUUUAAGCAAUGGGAACUUUUUAUUACCUGUACAUUUUUCAUGUUCUUAAUUAAAAAUUUACUUGCAAAGGAAACCUAUGCAAAGGAGAAAGGGGGGGGGGGGGGGGGGUGUUUAAGAUGAGUAUGAUAAUGGCAUAGAACCCUUUAUUCGGCUGGAAGGUUCUCAAAAAAAGACAUUUUAAAAAGUGCCUGUCAGGUGCUUUUUUAUGUACCCAGUACAUUACCAGUUUCAGAAUAAAGAUUUUUAUUAUUGAUUAUUGUGUAUAAUUGUCAAGAUUUUUUUAUUUGUUUCAGUAUCAAAAACUGCCAGAAAUUCCUAUUCCUCCUAAUACAAAUAAAACUGGAUAUGGAAAUAUAUCAAUGGAAUUUGUAAGUGCUUAGAGCAUUUUAUCCAGUCCAUUGCCAGAGAUAUGGAUAAUUUAAUCUUGUUUAUUUUUGUAAAACUUACAAGCAUUUAUCUUUCUAUUUCUAUCAACCAGUUUAUAUUUCCUUUUAUAUUCAAGUACCAGUAAUAAAAUAAAAAUGUAAAGUUGUGGUUUCUUUUAUUUGAGGUGUGUAUCAUACAAGAUGCCCUGCCUUUUCUCAGCCCAGGGGGACCAGUGCUGUCUUCAUACCCUGUUCCAAUGGAAAAGAUUGGCUUUGUAAGAUUUAUUAGGGUUACACAUUAGCUAAAAUUUAUAUUCCAUACUGGGUAUUUCAAGUAUUGAGCUUGGUCAUAUUGUCUUGACAAAACACAUUCAAUUUAUACAAUAAAAGGUUCACUUCAAUUUUAUGUCUAAUCUCAAUGUUUACAAGAUAAUAAAUUAAGGUAACUUAAUUAAAACAGAAUUAGCUCUAAUAUGUACGUGAAAUUUUGUAUUACUUGUUAACAAAACUAAAAACAAUGCAAAUAAAUAACUAUUCUUUAAUUUAUAUUUUCACAGUACGCCGGAUUUAUUUUGUACAGAUUCAUAUUAACUGCGGAAUAUGCUAAUCCCACACCUUUACAAUCAAAAGGAAUACGAGAUCGAGCUGUUGUGAUGGUCAAUGAUGUAAAUAAAUUAUUUUCUGCCAAACUAUAUAAAUUGUAUUUUAAACUAUUUUAUUUAAAGCACAUUUCUUAACAACAUUGUAACUUUCUGUAAUUUCCCCUACAUUUUAGAAUAAAUUGAUCAGCAGAUAACAAGAUGUUUAAUACCGGUAUUUAGAUUUCAAAAAUUAAAAGGCUAACAAUUUUUCAUCCAUAAGCACAGCAAAAAAACUUUCUCUGCUUAACGCAUACACUUUGAAAUUGUGUUUAUUUUUUAAAUAUAAAUAUUUAUUUUAUUUUAAAUGAGACAUUGCUACACUUUGCAUGCUGUGCUUUCUAGAGCAAAACAUUUCUGUUAUUGUUAUACAAUUUUGCUAAGGUUCCAUUCGGAUUGAUGGAUAGGAAAAAUACAAUUGUGAACAUCACAGGAAUAUCUGGUCAAACUGUUGAUAUUUUGGUGGAAAACCAAGGCAGGAUAGGAUUCUCCACUAACAUGAAUUUCAACAAUAAGGUAUUUUUUUAAAGUUACCAUUAUCAGGUUAUGUUAUAAUCAAUCUUAAUCAGAAUCAUGUAUCAAAUAUUUAUAACAGAAUUAGCUCUCAUUUGUGUAUAUAUUCAUAUUUUAGAUGCAUAUUUCUGUCUUGUAUUUAAGUGUUUUGAAUUUGCUUUGUUUUUAAGGGAGUCAUUGGAAAUGUUACUUUGAAUGGUAAUAUUGUGAUGGAUUGGCAAAUUUUCCCAUUGAAUUUAGGAAAUAUUCCAAAUAUUACCAGAGCAUCCAAAAAACAAUUUAAGUAUGUAUAAGAAAUAAAACUUGUUACUUGUUAUUGAAAACAUCGAUAUGCAAAUAAUUCGGAAGAUAUCUGAAAUUGAAACUAUCUUUUUUAAGAUUUAGACCAAAUGUUCACUAAAUUGUUCAAGUCAUGGAACCCUUGUGCAUCCAGUGUUUCCCAUAGGCUCAUUAUGACUAUGACAUUUCUAACAAGUGCAAUUUGAAAAAGAAAAUUUUUCUUUUCACUUUCACUGAUUAGAAAAAACUUAUAAAAUUCUUUGAGACUGUGAACGAGAUAUAAAAAUACUUCAAUAACAUCAAUUAACUUAUUUAAAUCACAAAAUUAUUCAGUUUAAAUCAAUCUGAUUCAACACUAAAAUAGGGCGAAAUCACCAGCUAUUUAAAUGUUAACAUAUUGUACUGAAAAUGUAGAGAAAAUAUCUGCUAUUGCUAUUGGAUUGCUUUUCAUAUAAAUGUCAAGCAUGAUUAAGGAAUAUUUCCCCUUUAUUUUCUUUGAAUAAAGAACCAAGAAACCAUUUAGAUCAGCUGACAGCCAGUUAAUGACUCCAUCCAUUUAUAGUGGCUCUGUUGCCAUUCCGGACUCACCAUUUCAUCCCCAAGAUACUUACCUAGAUCCAAGGCCAUGGAAAAAGGUUAAAAUUUAACUCAACAGUUUAUACAUGAACAACAAAAAAAUUUGAAAAAAAUCUUAACUUAUUUGUACUACAUAUGAAAAUUUCUUUAAUAUUAAUAACAGCUAUUUUUUAAAAAAAACUUCAAUGCAUUUUCACACAACAAGCAAUUAACUUGAUGAAUAGCUGCCUUGACUUUAAUACUAGCAAUUUUAAUUUACUUAAACUAUUCACAUUUAUAAAUUAUUUAUAUACCGGUAUAUACUCCACAGGGUCAAGCUAUGGUGAACAAUUUCAAUCUCGGAAGAUAUUGGCCCAGUGUGGGUCCACAAGUGACUUUAUACAUUCCCAAGCCAGUUUUUAACAAACCACCAGCAUUAAAUCACCUGUUUCUACUGGAGUUAGAAAAUGCUCCAUGUCUAGAGAAAUUUUCUUGCCAAGUGAUCUUAACCGAUACUCCUUUUAUAGAUGGUCCUAAUGCACUUAAAAGGAAUAUAGCAUAUCCAGAUCUUCCUAAACAAAUGGUUCAUUAAAACAUGAGUACCGGUACUUCUUAAUGCUAUCAAUAUAAUUCAAAUAUAGCUUAAAUACUUUAACAACCUAUAACAUUACAAAAUUUACAUGAGAUAUUAUAUUAUUAUCAAUGCAAAUGGAAUUAUUUUCCUGUUGCUUAAAAUUAACAGAGCCCCCCCCCACGGAAAAAAAUACUUUUCUUCAGGAAACCCUGCACCUCCAAUCACACUGAAAUAAUUAACUGAGUGGAAUAAAAUAAUUCAAUAGCAAUUUUCACCAUUUAAAUUUAUUUAGGGUACCCUAUACUAAAUCAAAAUUUCAUAAUGAACUUAAAUAAAAUUCAACUAUUCCCCUAAAUAGAGUUUGGGUUAAUCAGAACCACCAAUUUUAAUUCUCUAUCUCCAAUUUUAAGAAAGUUAUAAUUUUUAAGAACUUGGGAACACAGUCAAAUUUUCAAUGACAUCAAGGUGUAGUUUGACACCUGCCAGCUUCUAAAAUAACUAAGUUGGAACUUUCAAAUCUCUUACACCUGCACACACAGCCAGUUAUACAUAUAACAAACUCAAUUUUUUUCAGGGUUGUCUCAAAGAUUUAAAUAAAAAAUGUAUUCAUACAAAAAUGGGUAGAGGCACAAUAUGACAAAUUAUGAAAAGGGAACCAAAAAGUCAAUUUUAGUUUUAGUUAAAUUUUAAAAAAUUAAAAAUCCUUAAACAUUAACCAAGGGAGUUCAAAAUAUUAUUUUUAGACAAUGUUAAAGGAAAUAUACUGUUUAUUAUUGUGAAAUUAACUGGCAGAUGAGAAAUUAAAAUUAAAUUUAGACAGAAUUAUUUUAACUAAGCAUGGUCACACAAAAUUAGAAUUUUAGAUAAUUUUUAAAAAUGACAGAAAAUUAAUCAAGUGAGAUAUCCAAAUAAACUUUUAACCAUAUUCUAGAAACUGAUAAUGUUUUUAAUUCACGCCCAGAUGUCAUACUUUGAAAGAAUUAUUUUUCUCUCAUUGCCUAGUACUGUAUCAUUACCAUAGCUAAAGAAUUUUAUUCCUAAUAAUUAAUAUAUCCUUUGCAAUUUAAAGAAAAAAAAUUAUUGUGUGAAAGUUGUGUCUUGUGUGAAAGUGAAAUUUGUAUCUUGUGGCACCCUGGGGUGCAAAAAAUAAUACAUUGUUGUUGUUUGGAUUGUAGAUCUGUGGGGAACUUUCUGUUAUUUUUCUUCAAAUAUUGAAGUUUUGAGUGGCUAUAAAUGUCACUUAUUAGUAAUAGUCUCAUUAUGAAAGUUCUAAAUUUAUUUUUAUUUAAUGAAAGUAUUAAUAAUGUUCUGCAUCAUUUUAACAAAAAAAAAUAAAGAUAACAGAGGGUAAUAGUAGUAUAGAAAUAAAAGCUAUACCAUUUUAUACUAGUACCGGGAUAUUAUUGUAAAGAUGCUUUAUUGAAAUUUAAAUUAACAAUAAUAUUUGUUUUUACUCAAUUUUUAGCUGUACACAUGGACAUUCCAUAUAAAUAUAAUAAUAUUGAAAUGUUGGGAUUUUAAUGAGUGGUUUAAUGUUGGAAACUUAAGUCUAUACUCUACAAGAGUAGCUAUGGUCUAAUCAAAGAAAUGCUUUUAAUAAUUAAUAUUAAACAUUUUCUAAUUUAACUGUGAUGGUAAUUUAAAUUUAAAAUUCAUUUUUGCAAACUUUUGCAGCUAUUUAUUCUACUGUUAAGACCAAUAGGAUUACUUAUACCGGUACAUUUAAUGCCACAUUCAAAUAUAUAGAUUGUAUAAUAAUGUUAAAUUUAUUACCUGACCGUUUAAAAUUAAACCUAUACAUUUCUUGUGGGAUUUAUUCAAUUUUUUUUAUUGUUGGUUUUUUAAUUUUUUUUAUUUUUAAUGUUUAUUUUUUUGACCAAAUUAGAGGUGUGGCUAUG